AUGGACAAAAAAAAAAACAAACAGAUUAAAUUUGAGGGAACGAUUAAACAGAUUAAGUUUCGAGAUCAUUUGGGUUGACUGCCUUUGAUUUUAAUUUGGAUUUUCUGAAAAUGGAGAAUACCACCAUUCUCAGAGAAUGGUUCGACCGAGUUGACUCGGAGAAGUCCGGUUUCAUUACAGCUUCUCAGCUCAAGAAAGCUCUUGCCGUCGGAAAUCUCGAGUUCUCUGUCUCCGUUGUUCAACAAAUGAUCAGGAUGUAUGAUUUUGACAAGAACGGAACUAUGAGCUUUGAUGAGUUCGUUGCGCUUAACAAGUUUCUUCUCAAGGUUCAACAAGCCUUUUCAGACCUGGAGAGGGAUCGUGGUUAUCUUGUUACUGAUGAAGUGUUUGAGGCAUUGGUAAAAAUUGGAUUCUCGCUGGACUCUCCUGCUUUUUACACUGUCUGUGAGAGUUUUGAUCAAAAGAAGAAUGGAAGAUUCAGAUUAGAUGAUUUCAUAUCUCUUUGUAUAUUUUUGCAGUCAGCUCGUAAUAUGUUUGAUUCAUUUGAUACUGCUAAGCAGGGCCGGGUGACUCUUGAUCUCAACCAAUUUGUAUAUUGCACUGCCAAUUGUAGGAUAUGAAAUCAUCACCAUUUAUUGCUGUCUUCCAUUCUCCACAGAAACGGAGGAGAUUAUUGUAGUAUGAGAGGAGUAUAUGUUUGCUGUUAAGUUAUUCUUUUCGUUUUCGUAAAGACUAUAUAUUCUUUUAUAUAAGUCUUCAAUUUACAAAAAGAUUAAUGUCUAUAUAAAUAUAUACAUAUAUAUAUAUAUAUCACAUUUUUCAGAAACACAAUGUUGUUUGCUGUUAAGGACUUCUUAAAAUAUAGAUGUGUGGAUUAAAUGUAUAGACGACAUCAAAUUAUGAUAUUUCAAAGUACAAACGACAUGUUCUUAUUGUUCUUA